AUGGUGCACCAUUAUUUUAACUCUCGCGAUAGUAAUUUAAUUUUUCAAAUUCCUCUGAGUGUCUUGGGAGGACCUGAUAGUAAAGUUUGGGGUGCGUCUUCUAAUGGGUCUUUUUGGGUCCGCAGUGCUUAUCAAAUUGCCUUAUCCGUUCUUCAAGAGAAUGUUGGUUCAGCGUUGACUGAGGGUAGUAGUUUUGAGGGUGCUAAGCCUGGUAUGUGGCGCCUUUUAUGGUCUAUUCCAACACAUCGAAAGAUUCAGCUUUUCCUUUGGCAGAGUUUGCAUAAACGUAUCUCGGUGAAUUCUUUACUUUCACGUCGCGGGAUUUCAGAGAUUUCUUCUUGUCCUUUUUGUGAAGCGGCUGUGGAAACGAUGGAUCAUCUACUUUGUUCCUGCCCUUUUGCUUGUUUGGUUCUGCUAAUUCAAUGGAGAGUUUUAGUACGUCUUGCCUCUUUCAUUUGCCGGACCAUUUGGAAAUGUCGAAACGACCUGAUCUUUGCUCACCGCCAUUGGGAUCCAUUUAAGGCAGCCCAGAAGGCUCACAGGGACUUUUUUGAAUUUCAGGAAAUUCAGCGUCAAUCCAGUUUGCUUUCUCUUCCUUCCCCUACGGUUGUUUCUGUUCCUUCAAGAUGGUGUGUUCCGGCUUUGGGUUGUCUUAAACUCAAUUUUGAUGCAGCUUUUGAUUCAUCUAGAAAGCUAUGCGGGGGUGGUAUGAUAUUGCAGAAUCAUGAUGGUCAUCCUAUCCGAGUGGCUUCGGUUUUUUUCUCUCACGUUGGUGACCUAUCUAUUGCUGAAGCUCUCAUUCUUCGCAAAAGUCUCUCUCUUCUCCAGCUAUGGGGAUAUCAGAAUGUUGUGGUGGAGGGUGAUUGUCAGCCUGUUACGAGGCUUCAACCCUCUGCGGCUGCUCUUUGUGUGAUUUUGAGUGAAGGGUUUGGCCCCAGUGAUUGUUAACCGCUUAACUUCCUGAUUGUAUUCUUCCUUUUCUUUAAUAUUCUGUUUCUUCCGUUAAAAAAAAAAAAACAAAAAAAACUCCCUUAUUUAAUAAUAGACAACUAAUGACAAAUAAGUGCAAUUCUAUACAGAUUGCAUAGUUAUCUGCCCAAAACAAAGUUAAACAGAGUUAUGUAUCAAAAAUGAUACUACAAGAGAGUUAAGUAUAAUUAAUUCAUAUAUAAUUAGGGAUAAUAUUCUGAUGUCCUUUUGAAGAUAUCCAACA